GCCGCCCUGCGCCGGACGGGCCGCGCCGCAGUCGGAGCCGCCGCCCGCGCCGCCUCGGGGCCGCCCUGAGAAGCCGGGCCGCUGGGCGCCGCCGCGGCCGCCCGCAGCGAGCGCCGGGGAGGGAGCCGCGCGCCUUUGUGAGCGCGCCGAGGUAUUAUAUCUUCUUUGAAAGACCGGGAUGAAAGGCUUGCUGUUGUUAGACCUUGAUUCAAACUGUGCCAAACACCAUGCCUGACACACAGUUGAUGGUCACAUGUCACGGAACAAAAUUACACAUGGAUGGCCAGAUAGUUGUUUGUUCAUGUCUAUGUCUGUCAGUGGUUCCCAGAACACCAAGUGUCCUCUGCAGAUGGUGAAGAUGGAGCACGAAAAAGCUCAGGAGACAGCCCAUCUGAGGAUACUGACCUUAAGGAUACAUAUCUCAUCCCAAGAAACAUCAUGGCCGAGCCAGACUACAUAGAAGAUGACAAUCCUGAGCUAAUUAGGCCUCAGAAACUAGUCAAUCCUGUCAAAACGUCCCGCAACCAUCAGGAUCUUCACAGAGAACUUCUCAUGAAUCAAAAAAGGGGUCUUGCCCCUCAGAACAAGCCGGAACUGCAGAAGGUGAUGGAAAAGAGAAAACGAGAUCAAGUAAUAAAACAGAAAGAAGAAGAAGCACAGAAGAAGAAAUCUGACUUGGAAAUAGAACUAUUAAAACGGCAGCAGAAGCUGGAACAGCAAGAACUUGAGAAGCAGAAAUUGCAAGAAGAACAAGAAAAUGCCCCCGAGUUUGUGAAGGUUAAAGGCAAUCUCAGAAGAACAGGCCAAGAAGUGGCACAAGUGCAGGAGUCCUAGGCCCUGGCGACAGAGACCACGCAUGCGCCACACCCACUCACUCCGUGGGGAAGCUGUGAGCAGGCGCCUCCUCAACACUUAAUCUCAGGGCCAGAGCCCCUGGAGAGAACCCCAGCCAGCAGAGAAUUGUUACUUUAAAAAAGAUUUAGCUUUGAUUUUCCUACAAUCUAGGUGGAUAAAUGAUCUGUGAUGGUUGCAAUUCCUAUUCACCAAACGAAGGACAUUGACCAGCACUUAAGUUGGGAUAAAUGAACCUGUGUUCAUAAGACAUAAAACAAAAAAAACAAACAUCACAAAGCAGAACAGAAAGAGGACAUUGGAAUAAAUUCUUGAGAGUUGCACUACCUGGUUUUUCUUCCAGUCCAGGUUUAAUGGGGCACAGAGCCUUUUUUCUUUUAAAUCUAAAGAAAAUGUGUUUUGUUUCUUCCUUUAGUUAUCUGUUAGAUAAUUUAAAUCACAUAGGAAGGUGUUUGAUCUGUUACAUCCAGUAUUUGUAAAUUUCCUUUUGUGAAUCUAGAAUUUUCUUGUUUGGUUACGCUUUCACCUGUGUUAGAUCGACACCUGACAAUGUUAAUGUUGAGCACAGCUGUUAACCUUAGUUGGCAUUAAGAUUCAGGAAGAGGGUGAGAAGUUUUAAAAAUAUGGAGGAAAAAAUACAUAAAAAUUCGGAAACAAAUAUAUGUAAAAGAUAGGAAAAAAACCCCACAUAAAUCUUGAUCUUAUUUUAAUUCCUUUUGGUUCUCGGAUACUAGAAUGCUCCACAGUGAUUAUUCCAGUUCAGAGAAGGCACAUCAUAUAAAUCCAUUUAUUGUUUUGAUAACUGGUAAGAAUUUUGUUUGCUUUUUCAAUUUCUUGCUGAGCUAGUCCUUUUAUACAUGAAACAAUCUCCCGAUCCUUCAGAGAAGAAAAAUGAGUCCAUGUAACGCAGCUUCAGUCUCAAAAGUAGAGAGUCCAGAUCUUUGAGAACAGGGUGGGGAAAGCUCCCAUGGGAAGCUGGGCAAGGAGGACUUCUUUGGGUAUUUUAAUGUGAAACAAACGUAGGCUGGUCUCCAGGAGGCCGAGCUGAAAGGUCGGUGGUAGCAUUUGUACAUUUUGAUUUUCAUUAGAAUCCCAAGUUUUGAAAACCAGAUUAAGGAUCACAUACUGCUUUGCUUUUUUUUUUUUUUUUUCUUGUGAAGAAAGAUUGCUCACUGCUCUGUUGGCGGUGACGACUACUGUACUGCAUCUCAGGAAGUGCUGAGGUGAAGGGGAGAGGCUGCCUGGCGUCUGCAUGCUAGCCAGCUCGCGGUCCAAAGUGAAGUCCCAGUCCAGCAGCAAAGUCCUGAUCCAGAGUGCUUUUUUUUUUUUUUUUACUGCUGGUCUGGGCAGGGGUAUAUUCUACAUGAGGUGAUCGGAGGAAUUGAGGAGGAUUCUGUGUGUUUCCAUUGAGGUGAUUCGGCCAGUCACUCUCACAUCGAAGAGUCGUCUUAAACUUCCUUUAAAGGCUCCAUAGGAAACUGGAUCCUGAGCUUUUAAUCCUAAUAAGCAUUGUAGAAAUUAGCUUUCUAUGGGAAUGCUUUAGUUUUCAUAGUCAACAGGCUCAUAUUCAAUCCUCAUGUGAACCAGAUAAAGGUAAACACGAUGACAAUAUACUGCUAGUCAGAGGACACGUCAGUCACACCUGACUUCUCAGUAAAUAUCUCUGAAGAGAAUAUGAGAUGGUUAAGAUAAAGUGUUGCUCUAUGAUAGUUUGCUUUCAAAGGAUGGAACGGUAACUAUUUUUCCAUCCUAGCUUUUGCAAGAAGAAAGUCUGUUAAAUGAUCAUCUUGAAAAUACAUUCUGAUAGCACAUUGACUGGAAUGCUUUCUUUGUGCAUCUGGACUCAUGAUGAGAUUUGCGAGGUGAGGAUUCAGGACUGGUCAUAGCCUUUCACCCGACUGGAUGUUGGAUCUUAAGUCCUGCGCCCUUGAAGCAGUUCUGCUGCUCGAUAACAUUCUCAAGGGCGCUGACAGGCUACGGUAGCAGGACUGCUUCUGUUGCCACGAUUCACCUAGAAUUCAUUCUUCACCGGGAAGAAAAAUUAAAAAAGCAUUUCCCUCCCAAUCGCACUCACCAGACUGCACAGUGACAUGUAGUGAGUAGUACAAAGUCUGGCCAAAAGACUUGUAAAUAGUAUGAAGUGAUGUCUCGGGACCGGACAGUGGAAUGUACAGGUAGAGAAGCUCUGCGAAGUUGUCUGCUCCGCUCGGCUCACAGGCCUGAGCUUCAGGGCGCCCGUCUCCGCUCCACACAUUGAUACUGUACAGUCCAAACUCCUAGGACUUGUGAACAUCUGAGCAGUUUUGUGCUUUGAGCCACUUUUUGACAAAGAAUGGCUCCAUUUUUCCACUCUAUGGUUUUCUUAAAAUAGUUCACUGUUUUAUAGUCUCCUGGUAGUAAAGUAGCGUUGCUUUCUAAGCUACAGCAAACAGUUGACUUUAUUCUUCUACUCCGAAAAAUCUUGACUUGUUUGAGUGUAUAUAAUAUAUAUAAAGGGAGCCUUAAUGGAUUUGUUUUCAUAAUUUAAUAUUUUUUGUAUUUGCUCUUGUACAAUUGUUUUUAAUGGAAAGUAUUACAGAAUUGAGGGUGGAAUUCUUAGAACCAAAGUUAUUCUUAAUAAAAAUCACCACAUGCUUGGACCAUGAA